UCGGUUUCCAUAGUAACAAGCAAAGUUUUGUUUAGUGUUGCUAUUUGAUCGCUGUUCACGAGAGCACCUUUCUACAUCCUCGUUGUCGUCUGAUUUUAACUUCUUAUAUUCAUAUUUGUGUUAUUAAUAUCUAUUAUAGUUGUGAUUAAUUACUUGCUGACCAUUAUCUGUUCAUUUCUAUUGCAUUUCUGCCAAUUUAUUACAUUAAUUGCAUCUGUUUGUGUGCAGGGGCAUCAGAACGCAACAUGCCGUGUGUUCAUUAUAAGUUUGUCAGUAAACUUACACACGACACUGUGAUCUUUGAGGGCCUUCACAUCACUCUCGGAGAUUUGAAACGACAAAUCAUGAGACGAGAGAAACUGAAGCGAUGUGACCUGCGCAUCUCCAACGAGCAAACUGAUGAAGAAUACACUGAUGAUUCAGACAUCAUCCCCAGUAACACUAUGGUGACCGUCAGAAGAAUCCCUGGCACUGGGGUGAAAUCCACAUAUAACAGACCUGCAAAUAACUGGUCUAAACCAUCAAGUGGAUCUUCAAAAGCACAAGUGAAUGGUUCUUCAUUGUCACUGGAGCAGCUUUUCAAGACGGAGAAUCUGGCUGAGGCAAAGGCAUCAGAGGAGGACAAAAUUAAAGCUGUCAUGUUCCAGUCCAGCCGCUGUUACUAUUCUACCAAUGAAGCACUCAAGCUGGUUGGAGGCCUUCCACCAAACUAUGUGUGCUAUAACUGUGGCGUACCUGGGCAUCACAUCAGAAUCUGCCCAAAGACACGGGAUCCAGCAUUUAUUGGGGGUAAGCGCAUACGGAGAAGCGCAGGAAUUCCUGUCAGCUUCUUAAUGGAGGUGGAUGACCACAACAUGAAGGGAGUGAUGCUGAGCAGCAGUGGAAAGCAUGUCAUUCCCAUUAUCAACGCUGAGGCUUAUGCAACUCAAAAGAAAGAAGAUCCGCCCUUCUUACCCAGGAGUGAGUCCUCCACAUCCACCCCAGAUGAAGAUCCGGUGCCCGAUGCUCUGCUGUGUCAGAUCUGCAAAGAUCUCAUGACUGACGCUGUGAUGACGCCCUGUUGCAGCAACAGCUUCUGCGAUGAGUGUAUUCGAACGUGUCUGCUGGAUUCAGAUGAACAUGUUUGUCCCAGCUGCACAAAGUGUCAUGUGUCUCCUGAUGAUUUGAAUGUAAACAUGUUCUUACGGCAGGAAGUGAACUGUUUUAAGAACAGAGCCGAGGGGUCUGGUUUCUCACACUCCCGAAAACCCAUGAACUCUUUUACGGCGUGUUCCUCCACAAGCCAAAGUCUCAGCCAUCGGUCCAGCUCAGUCGUUUCUGAACCCCACGGAUCCCGCACCAACUCAUCCUCCGGUAAGAGGCGACGGGGUUUGCGUGAUGAUGGCAGUGAAGACAAUGACUCCGGACCUCUGCUCAAGAAAUCCAAGAAUGCUUUCUGAUGAAGAACAUCCAGGGAGAUUCAUCAUUAUGUAUAUAUUAUGUAUAUAGUUACAGUAGAUAUCAUAGACAUAUAGAAUUAAUAAAUAUUUAGAAUUUUACAUUUAAUACAGGUUUGAAGAGUGUUUAGUAAAUGCACGCACACACACACACACACAAAAUA